GACUAUGUACCUCACACUGAGGACAAGAUUCCUCACUCUGAGGAGAAGACUCGUCACGCUGAGGACAAGGUUCCUCACGCUGAGGACAAAGUUCCUCACGCUGAGGAAAAGGUUCCUCAAACUAAGGACAAAGUACCUCACACUGAAAACAAGGUACCUCACACUGAGAACAAGGUUCCUCACGGUGAAGACAAGGCUUCUCACGCUGACGACAAGGUUCCUCACGCUGAGAACAAGGUUCUUCACGCUGAGGACAAAGUUUCUCACGCUGAGGACAAGGUGCCUCACACUGAGGAGAAGGUACGUCACACCGUGGAGAAGGUUCCUCACGCUGAGGACAAGGUACCUCUCACUGAGGACAAGGUACCGCACACUGAGGAAAAGGUUCCUCACGCUGAGGACAAGGUUCCUCACGGUGAGGACAAGGUACCUCACACUUAUGACAAAGUAACUCAAGCUGAGGACAAAGUACCUCACACUGAGUACUAGGUACCUCACGCUGAGGUCAAGGUUCCUCACUCUGAGGACAAGGCUCGUCAUGCUGAGGACAAGGUUCCCCACGGUGAGGACAAAUUUCCUCACGCUGAGGAAUAUGUUCCUCAACUGAGGACAAAGUACCUCACACUGAGGACAAGGUACCUCACACUGAGGACGAGGUUCCUCACGCUGAGGAGAAGGUUCCUCACGGUGAGGACAAGGUGCCUCACACUUAGGACAAGGUACCUCAAACUGAGGGCAAAGUACCUCGCACUGAGGACUAGGUACCUCACGCUGAGGACAAGGUUCUUCACUCUGAGGACAAGGCUCGUCACGCUGAGGAGAAGGUUCCUCACGGUGAGGAGUAGGUUCCUCACGGUGAGGACAAGGUGCCUCACACUUAGGACAAGGUACCUCAAACUGAGGACAAAGUACCUCACACUGAGGACAAGGUACCUCACACUGAAGACAAGGGUUUCUCACUCUGAGUGUAAGUGCACGUAAAUUUCUAUUGUCUCACAGAGUUGAUAUUAGCUAAAAUUUAUUCAGUAAAAAACAGACGUUUUUAUCUCAAUCCACGUUCAGCAUUGUGGCCGUUUAAGAGUUCGCCAUCGCUUCUCGGUGUAUUCGGAUAGGUAACUAAAAACUAAAAUCAAAGAUAAAGAAAUACAUGCAUGCUAAACUAUACUACAAAACAUUUAAACAUGAAUGCACACAGUAAUAAAUACACAAGUAAGGACAUCUGUGUCCGUUUAAGGUGAAGCAAGUUCGUUUAACCUUUAACUCAACUUCGAUCGUUAUACUGUCACUUAUAACAUAAAUGAAACGCCUUCUGUUCGACUUCGUAUCGUAUGAUCAACUGACUAGUUAAUUUUCUAGCAAGUAUUAAAAGCCUUACAAAAUGUCCAAUGUCAAUCUUGCAUAACAAACUAUAAUUUGCAUAAUUAAUCAUUUAACAAAUUUUAUACUUAAAUGCAAACCCAAUAACAUUCCCGGUCCCUAGACUUCGCAAGAAGUUUACACAAUUCACUUAUCUACUUUAGCCAAUAAAAGUACAAUCUUUGAGAUUGGUCUUUUAUACACAGUUUCUUUUAUCUUCACCAUUACAGUCCUAAUGAAUCCUUGAGAAUCUGGUUCUGUGUCCACGACUAGGCCCAAGGGCCACAUAUUACGAGGUGUAUUCUCUUCUUUCAAAUUUACCACAUCUCCCGUCAUCAGGUUACGCUUAGGUUGUUGCCAUUUGCUUCGGUUUUGCAGGGUAAGAAGGUAUUCUUUCUUCCAUCUAGUCCAGAAUAGGUUUACCAGGUAUUGAACUCUUCGCCAACGACGAUGUAGGUAAACGUCGUUUUUCUGAAAAUUUCCAGGCGGAGGAAGUGUCACAGCAGACUUCGUUGUAAGGAGGUGAUUAGGAGUUAGUGGGUGCAAAUCGGAAGGGUCAUUUGAUACCACCGUCAAUGAUCUGGAGUUAAUUACAGCUUCAACUUCGCAUAUCAAAGUCCUGAACGACUCUUCAUCCAAACGACUUCCAUGCUCGUACAUCAACCCAGCCAGAACUUUUCUCGUAGAUCUGAUUUGGCGCUCCCACACACCGCCCAUGUGGCUAGCCGAUGGUGGAUUAAAUUGCCAUUUCGAUUCCUUCUCGGAUACUAUUACGGAUACUAUUUUGAUCCAUUUCUUCUAGGGCUCGUUUAAGUUCUUUAUUCGCGCCAACAAAGUUUGAACCGUUAUCACUCCUUAAACAUCUUACUGGACCAGGGCGAGCUAUGAAACGACGUAGUGCCAAAAUGAACGAAUCUGAAUCGAGAGAUUAGCGAUUUCGAUAUGCACAGCUCUGCUCACCAAACAAGUAAAAAUUGCCCCAUAUCUCUUCAAUUUUUUUCGUCUUUCUUUUAGGAUGAAAGGGCCGAAGUAAUCAACCUUUGUGUGGGUAAAUGGAGGUGCUGGCGUAAUGCGGUCUUCGGGUAAAUCAGCCAUCUUUUGUUCGCUAACUUUUCCGUGAUGGCGAAGGCAAAACAUACAUUUGGAGAGGACUCGUCGUACUGCGGCGUUAACCUUUAUCACCCAAUACUUUUCGCGAAUAUCUGCGAUAACAUGAUUUCGUCCAACAUGACCUAACUGUCGGUGUAGAUGACGAAUGAUGAGGGUUGUUACAUGAUUCUUGUAAGGUAAGAUGAUUGGAUGGGCAGUUUCUGGCGACAGCUCUGCACGAUUAAGUCGGCCUCCAACUCUAAGGAUUCUGUCUUUAAGGUAUGGAUCGAGACGAUGGAUCGAGCUGACUUUCUUGAUAGUCAAUUUUUUGCUUUUCUGAAACUUCCGGUAGUCUGCGGAGUCUUCGAGCUUGAUGUUGCUAAGACACAUUAUCUCUUUGUGAAACGUAGUUAACUGAAUGAACUUUACGAUGGCGAUCUCAGCUUGGGCUAGGUCUUCAGCAGAGAGGGAGUUGGAAUGACUGUUUGCGAUGAAGUUUUCCUUGUUUACACUUGAACGAGCUUGUAUCCUGUCUCGUAGAAUCUUCUUUGUGCGAAGAAAUACGGCUAUUACUUUCUUCAACUGAUGCCAUGAGGAAAUGGAGUGAAUCAAUUGGUUCGUAGGAUUAUUUAGGUCAUCAAUCACAGUUUCAUUACUUCCAACUUGAUGUUUGACUUCAGGAUCAUCGUUGCUAAUCUGACCCAUAUCAAUUGGUUGUUGUGGCCAUUCUUGUUCUGGUUUCCAAAGGAACUCUGGACCUUCGAACCAUCGUCGCUGCUGAAGUAGGCGCUCUCCGCUUGUUCCUCGCGAAGCAUCGUCAGCAGGGUUGUCAUAUGUUUCGACGUAUCUCCAUUGAUUUGGGUUUGAGUAGUUACGAAUUAGUUGAACACGAUUGGCGACAAACACAUGAAAGCGUUGUGGCUCGUUGAUGAUGUAGCGAAGGACGGUUGUGGAAUCGGUGUGGUAUUUCAGAUCAUAAAUAUCAUCCAAUUCACUCUUUAACAGCGCUCCGAUACUAACGGAUACUGCUGCGGCGCUGAGUUUCAAGCGUGGUAUCGUCACAAUCUUUUUGGGGGCCAAACUAGCUUUGCCCAUUAGGAAUGAACAAUGGAUGUUAUCACUUUCAUCGCAUAAACGAAGGUACGCUACUGCUCCAUAGCCUGUUAUGCUGGCAUCGGAGAAUAAUAAUAAUAAUAUUAAAAAAACAUUUAUAUAGCGCACAAACCAAGACUGUUCUAGGCGCUUUACAGUAAUACAAAAUCCAAUCUUAAAAACUAGUGUUAAGAAUGUUAAAACUAUAGAAUACAUCAUACACUAUUUAAAAACAAGUUAAAAAGAUAUGUUUUAAGAAACUUCUUAAAAGUGGUUAAUGAUUCUCACAUCCGAAGAUGAACAGGUAAAUCAUUCCACAAUCUUGGUCCAGCAACACAGAACGAUCUGUCUCCGUAUGUCUUUAGUCUAGAACAAGGAAUCUGGAGCAAUUCAUUUCCAUUUGAUCGAAGAGUACGCUGCGAAGUAUGACACAGCAUAAGUUCCUUCAGUCUUGAAGUUAUAAAUGCAUGAAUAAUUAUUUCUAAGCAAUUUCGAGGUAGAUACUUCUUAAUUCUUGAAAUAUUCCUAAUAUGGUAGUAAGCUGACUUGCAGAUACCAUUAAUAUGUUCGCCCAAUCUGAUCCCCUCAUCAAAAAUCACCCCCAGAUUUCUUGCUGAAACAGUUGGCACAAUUUUUUCCUUUCCCACCAUGAUAUAAUUUAAGGGAGGCAUCAGAUGAUAGCGUGAAUGGACUAAUAUAAGCUCCGUUUUGCCACUAUUUAGUUUCAAUUUAUUCAACAUCAACCAGUUUCCCAAUUCAAGUAUACAUUUCUCCAUACGGAUCUUAGAUGAUAUUAAUUAAUCAUCACGAUCAUUCGUUUUGAAUGCAAUGUAAAGUUGCCCAUCAUCAGAAAAAAAGUGAAAGCGCAGAUUGUGGCGCCUAGCCACAUCCGCGAGAGGGGCAGUAUAGAGUGAAUACAACAGAGGACCCAACACAGAUCCCUGAGGUACACCACAAUCAAGAUCACUCAAUAACGAAUCAGUUCCCUCAACACGAAUAAACAGUUUCCUGGAUGUAAGGUAUGAGGUAAGCCAAUCCAACACACGACCCCUUAUGCCAAAGCGUUUCGAUAGUCUUGUUAAUAACAUUGAAUGAUCCACGGUGUCAAAAGCCGCCGACAGAUCCAGUAGGACAAGAAUAACAGAAUCACCGUUAUCUAGAGCUUGAAGGAUAUCAUUUUGAACCCUCAAUAGCGCUGUUUCAGUACUAUGACAAGGUUUAUAAGCAGACUGGAAUUUCUCAUGUAGAUGAUUUUCAGUAAGAUAAUCAGUUAAUUGUACAGCAACUGCUUUCUCAAUAGAUUUCGAGACAAAUUUCAGAUUUGAUAUUGGACGAAAACUGCAGAAUUCUUCAUAGGAAAGAUUGUACUUUUUUAAAAGCGGUUGAACAACAGCAAUCUUCAAAGAGUCAGGCAUUGUACCACUUUCCAAGGAGAGGUUGAUUAUUCUAGCUACAACGGGUAAGAUGUCUUUAAAACAGUGAUUUAGCAUGACCACCGGGAGUGGAUCCAGAGAACCACACAAACAAACAAACCACACCUUGCUUUAACCUCGCAACCAUUCUGUAAUUCUACACGAUUGAGGUUACUUCCGCCGCUCUGCCUGCUUGUAACAAGUUGCACAACAGUUGGCUUUUCCAUGUGUCGCCUUGUCCGCCAAAACUGUACUUCAUCGUAGCAAGGUGCUUCGUCAGAACCACUGUCUGUUCGUAUACAUUCAAUUCUUUUCUCCUUUCCUUCAAGUGAAAUAAAUGCUGGCUGGAAUUGUUCUUCUUUCUCAAGCAUUUUAAGGUCAGCCAUGUGCUGAGCUGGAUUCUUGCCAUGCAGGGAAACGGCUUUGACAACUCCACCACAAAGUUCUCCAGUGGUGUUAGUACUGGUGAAAUUGUAAGAUGUCGUUUGUAGCUUGUUGGGAUAGCUUGCUUGAUAGUCCGUUUUUGUAGUCAAUGUUGGCGAGCCCUUUAUCUGUUGUGUACCUGCUUUGUUAUGCGUGACCAUAAAAUCCAAGCGAAAAACAGAGAGAUCAUCCCUGUUUAAAACCAACUUGUCAUUUCCAUCUGUGUAUUGAAUAGCAUCGAGGCCUCGAUACAACGCUGCAGACCAAUGACUAUCAGGAUUGUAACGGAGUUCAAACCCCUUUCUGGCUCUACUUGUCGUGACCUGUGCAACAGCUCUGUAGUUUUGGGCAGAUCGGCGACGACGGUUACGGGCUACACACAUUUGUACCACCGUCCCAUAUGCAAACUUCCUCCCGUACGUCUUUUCUAAAUGCUGUUUGAUGCGAAAGAAUGUGCACUUCUUUUGCACCUUUUUGUUGCCGUCAAAUGUCAAUACACCUGUGUGGCGCCAAGCUUCAGCACCCACACCGCAUGAUUUGACAAAUGCUUCGAUUUCCUUACCAAUAUCCGGGUACUUUCGAAGAAUGGUUCCAACAUGUUUGCUUCGUUUCCUUGAUAGCAAUCGUUCUUUAGCAAUCUUCUUCGCAGCUUCCCGCCGACGUUUUCGUCUAACUGCUUGUAUCUUCCGUUGCAGCAAAGACUUUCCAGGCCCUUGAAGCAGAUCUUCAAUUCCAACCCAUUCUUCCGGGUUAUCAUCUUCUGACUCGGAUACGAUUUCAUCAUCAUUCACAUUAUUGUUUUCAUGUGCGUCUUCUUCUUGUUUAUCCAGAAAAACCUGGUAACUUUGUUUGAACAGUUCUAGCUCAUUGGAAGGAAUCACAUCUGGUAAUUGUGAUGCAAAGACAGCCAAGUCAUGUGGCGUUAUGGAAGGUUCCUCAGUUUUCAAUGUGUCUACAAAUGAAAUCCAGUUGAAAUGAUUAUCUUUCAAGCAGGACAGUAAUUUCUGAGUUUUACACUUUUGGAAUAACGCUGUCGCUGUGUCUAAUUCCUCUUCGUUUUCACAAUACUGAUGUGUUGGAACUCUCUUCGUUAGAGAUUGUUGUAGUAUUAAAUCAUUUUCAACUUCAACAUCUGGAUCUGAUUGACUUUCGGACGAGGAAUCAUCAGAGUCAAUUUCAGCCACAUCAAAUCCAAGAGACAUUAACACUGCUUGUUCUCUAAUCUGACUUAGUUUUUCUACAUUAUUCCGAAUCUCCAAAGCUCGUGCCAGAGCAUGCUCAAUUCUUUCCUUCCUGUUAAUGGAAUUAGAAAUUCCAAACUGAUUUGUAAGUUGUCUUUGUGAUAAUCCAGUUGUCUCUGCAACCGUAAAACGCAACUUCUCGCGUUCUGCAUCAGAGCUACAACUUUCAAUAAGUGCCUUGAAAGUCUCCAUGUUUAAUAAAUUGUUGUCUUGGCGUUUUUCAAGCAACUUCUGUAAAAGACUGCGCAGCAAAGUUAGGUUUGCAUGCUUGUCAACAAGGAAAGUUUCUGAUUCUUUGCUUCCACUCUUCACAUUAAUAGCAGCAAGUGGCAUCUGAAGGAACUUUCUCUUAGCAUGCUGUGAAGAAUAGUUGGCCAUGUUUAUUGGAUCUGAACACAUUUUGGGUUUGUUACAGGUUUCAUUCACAUUAUUUGUGAUUUUCUCAGGACAUGCUUCACAAGGUUGUAUAUGUUCAGCUAAACAUUUAAAUGCAUCUUUCGUUUUCCAGUGUCCUUCAUUAGCAACUACCUUUGCAACGUUCAGUAAUCCAAGACAAUUUUUACAAGGUUGUCUAUGCUCACUAAUACAUACUGUUUCUCCCGCAACAAUAUAAUCAACUAAUGACAACCCUUCAAACAAAGAAAUUGCUCCGUCAGGGGUAUCUGUAUAUUCUGAUAGUUUUUUAAGCUUUUCCCUUUUGUAAAUACUAAUCAUAUAAAAUUGCCCCUUGGAAUUAAGGGGCACAUUUAAAAAUCCUUGCUCGACAUUUCACCAAUAGGUUUACUUUCAUCAUUAGCUCUAUUGCAAUCGUCAUCACUGAAUGAUAAAGUUUGUUGUGUGUGACUAUUCUUUUGGACAGGCACACCUUGCUGUGGGUUAAUAUUUAUUGUGACAGAUGAAUUUGGUUGUGAAAUAUUAUCAGCAAUGAAAGAUAUAUUUUGCUGUUGUGGGUGACUGGUAUGGGCAAAUGGAUUUUGUUUCAAGCAAUUAUUAGCUAUCAUAGGUAUGCUUUGCUGUGGUUGGUCAUUGAUAGGUGGUUGACUAUGCUGUGAUGGUGUUGGGUGUGGGCAACUAGCCACGUUGACAAAUGAGAAAUUCUGAGAAUUAGUGAUGUCUCUCACAGAUGAACUUUUCUGUGGGCAAGGAACACUUUUUUGAAAAUCAGCAUUGAUAGAAUGUGCUUGGUUUAUAUUGACAUUUAAGGACGGGCUUUGCUCAGGGUAAUUAUCUAGAUCAAUUUGCUGUGGGAGGCUCAUACGUUCCUGUGAUAUUGAAGAUGUGCAAAAGGAAUGCAAAGAUGUUUGACCCUUAAUUCUAUUGUUUGGCUUCUUAAGGUCAGUUGUUGAAUUGACUUUUGUUUUUUUAGAAUAAUACCAAGCUGAUUUGUGCUCUUUACGUUGUAAUAAUUUCAUUUCAGACUCCAGAGUUUGCUUUUCAGAUAAAAGCUGUUUCUUUUCAUUUAACAAUCUAUCACACAAUUGAUAAUCUUUCACUUGCUCUGCUUUCAAUUUGCGCUUCUCUUUAAGCACGAUUUGGUCAUUUAUUACUUGAAGUUGUUCUGUGAUCUUAAGAAUUCUGGUUUUUCUAUCAUCAGAUAAAGUAUUCUUUGGUUUUGAACUGGGGGGUUCUGUUUGAUUAUGUUUGCUCCUUGAAAAGCCUUUUUUGAAAACAUAUCCACGUUCCCUAACGUUUUGUCGGGCCUGUUCAAACAAUGCACUUCUAUCAAAUAUCAAUGAUGGAUUCAUAGUUACCAACUCUUCUGAUGCAGCAUUUAUUGCUUUUUCAUAUGGCUUUAGUAAAUGUUAUGGUCUUUGAUAUAUUUGCCCUCUUUGUAUUGACUCAUGUUCUGUCUGAGCUUGAAGGUUCACAAUAUCCUGAAAAAAGUCUGAAUGAAUGAAUGUAUUCACAUGCACAAAACAACAUAUUUUCUGGAUAUACCUGUAUAGCUCAAUGUUCAUAUUUCAAUUAUAGUAAUUUGUAAUUGUCAUACAAAUUCUAUAGUUUUAAUUUGGGUGCCUCAUUUUACAUUGGAAAGAAUUUAAUAGUGGAAAAAUACAAUUUCCAGCACCAAAUCAUUUUUUUAUGAAUAUCAAAGUAUAUCAUGUGUGUGUUAACUUAAUUUACCUGCUUUUGUAAAGGCUCAAGGAUAAUUUCACCCUUUGUUGAUAGUUUUAUUUUCUUUUGGCCUUUGAAUACUUGUCGAACCUUCUCUUUGGGUAAGUCCCUCUUUGUGGAGUCAUUCUGUUAAAAUACAGAUUAGUAUUGUGAAACAAUUAUAAUUCUCUUUCUCCCAAACCCUGCAUAGUGCAUGAUUAUAUCCCAUAUGGCAAUGAGGCAGAUAUGCCCUUCUAUUGUAUUUUACUCUGCCCAACGCCAGCCUGUUUUACUUUAAUUGGCUAUAAGUAAACAAUGAUUUUACUCUUCAGUAGUAGGGUACUGGCAGUUAAUGGGUUUAGUCUACAAAUUCUUUCAGUAUCUGCAGCAUAUCAAAUAUUUUCUAAAAGAGGUCACAUCACCAUUUUAUACAGCUUAUUUAUUUAUUUAUUUAAUUAUUUAACUUCGCCAUUGUCAUGCAUUCAUGGCAGGGUCACCACAACAGUAGAUAUAAAUAUAAAUGCCAUUUCUUUAUUUAUUUGCCAUUUUUUUUUGCUUAGAUAUAAAUGCCAUUUCUUUUUCUUUAUAUAAACAUUCAGAGACAUAGCUAGAGCCACUCCCCCAUGCAGAGUUGUUGGCUUGAACAUUUACAGGAUUCAUGCAAAUCCAUUAUGUUGUAACCUCCCUGGUUUGUUGUGACUACAUCAUUGACAAUAUUUAACAAUUAAUACAUGUAAUUCGAACCAAUAUAUCCCAUUUAAAGAAUGCAUAAGUAAUAUAAAAAUGGCUUUGAAUGUUCAAAUUGCAUGAGUUGAUAGUGUUGAGGAAAAGUGUAGUUUAAUACUUACUAGAGAUGUAUCUUGACCAUCAUCAGAUCGGCAGGUUUGGUUCAAUAUUAUUUUAAGUUUAUCACCAGUAUUAAUCUGGGCAAAACUGUCACAAUCUAUGUACUCGCUCCAUUCUUCAUCAUAUUUCUGGACAAUCAAUACGUUUCCUUUAUUUAAUUCAAAACAUUCCCUCGCUUUGUUGAUAAUGUCGGAGAAUUUGUCCACGAAAACCACCUUCCGACUGUUGUCAUGCUGAAGUAGAACCUGUUUUGAAACAAAAUUUUAAUAUAUGUAAAUAUAAAAACUUAUCGCAUGACUGCCCUGGGCAUUCAUAAGAUAUUUUAUAUUAAUUAAAUCACCAAAAAUUAUUUAUUCAUUAAAAAACAUACAUAUUUUAAUAAAAAGACAUAUAUGAUAUAAUAUAAUAUAAAUCAAACAUGGAUGGUUUAAUGUAGUGUGAUAUUAAUAUGGAUUAAAAUAUCUUUUUCGAUGAAACUUGAUCUUCUUGUUUGUCCGCCAUAUUGCCAUAGUUGUUACCAGGCUUCUUAAUAUCAAAACCGCGCAAACUUUCAAGAUGGCGGAUGUCAAAAUUUCCCGACUCUGGGAGUUGAUGCAUAGGUCAAAUUCCCCUCACUGGGGCUUCAUAGUGUGGUCAAAGUCCCCUGGGUCGCCCGCACCCCACCCCCCCUUAGGGGGAAAACAAUGAUAGGUGCAUUAGCUCUGUCGCCUAUGUGGUAUAUGUAUGAAAGGCUGCGAAUGUAAACAAAAUACUUGCAUUUACAGUGAUGUUAUUAAAUAAAAGGUAUAUAAAUAUUAUUUUCAGACUCUGGGCUGAGCACCCAUACUGUAAACCUCCGAAUAUAUCAAUAUAAGCCCUCCGAAUAUAUGCCCCCCCUGUGUACUAAUGCUCACCUCAUUCCAAAUAUAAGCCCCCCCCCCGAAUAUAAGCCCACCUGUUUAUCACUAUUGUUUAUCACUUAAUUGCCACUAUUUAUCACUAUUACUAUGCUUGUUUAUCACUAUUACUGUACAUGUUUAUUACUAUAAUUACACUAACACAAAAAAUCAUCCAUGUAUAACCCCCCCCCCCCUUGUAUAAUCCCAUCAAAAAUCGCUUACGAAAUAAUAUAAGCCCAGGGCUUAUAGUCGGAGGUUUAUGGUUCAGUUCCAUCAACUAGUACUACCACUGUGACCAUCAACAUUCCUUUAAGAAUUUGCGGGCUCAAACUCAUGCCGGCGGCCAUUUUUCGGGACGAAUAGAUUAGGUCAUCUGGAAAGUGUUUACAAUCCAUCAUAUAUUUAAACCAUCCUUUUAUAAAUAAAUCCUUGCUCUUUUUGUCUGAUUUUUAUGAGAAAUGUACCAAACAAGUAUUUUUAUCACUAUUUGAUGUAUUGAGUAAUAUGUAAACAAUAACAAAAGCCCACAAUGCAUGAUCGACCCUGACACUAAUCCUUUAAAUGUUCAAGUACAGAGUCUUCAAAUUCAGUUAAUGAUGAUGAUUAAGUUACAGGUAUUACACCAGGACUUCUUCUUCAAAAGAUCUCCUGCAAAAAAUAUUUUAACCAAUUAGAUUUCUGAACAGCUUUAAAAAUGAAUUAAUCAAUGUCCCACUAAUAUUUAGGUCCAUCCUCAAGACCAAUAUAAAUUUAUUCUGGAACACAACAUAAUCCUGUUGAACCUACUAAUCAAGGUUAAGCUUUUUUAAGGUCAUUUACUAUAUAAUUUUUUUGUUGAACAUAAUUCAACCGUUCUGCUGAUCAGUGGCAUAAUGUUAUUAAAUAAUAAAAAAAAUAUCAGGGGGCCCCCAGUUAAAAAAUUUCGAAGGUCCCCCUAGUAGAAGUGCCAAAAGCACGAAUCUAAACUCUCUGAACUGCCAUUUCCCAGACUUUGGGGAGAGAUUUUACAGACUUCUGAUGGUCAGAAAACGACAUUCUAACAUACCAGAAACCCUGGCCAAUGUUUUUGCUCUACAGCCUGAGCCUGGGGGCCCCCAUUUGGCCAAAAAUUGGGAUUGGGGGCCCCCGGGUUCACGCGGUCCGAGCCCAUCGUAGUUAUGCCACUGCUGCUGAUUCAGACACAUUUCUGGUGACCAGCUUGUCAGCCUUGUCAGAUCCUUGUCCAGGUACUCAAAAGAACACCAAGAAAGGACCUGUAAUGGACGAGAAAGACUACAAGCAUGAGGAAGUUGAGAAGAAUUUAAUGGCCAUGAAUGCACUGACAUAUGUUGCAGGAUACCUACUGCGAAAAUGUCUGGACAAACAGAAAUGCCUUACUUGUGCACAUAAGCUUACCCUGACCAGCAGCAGCCAGCUACUGUGCUAUUUUAAAGCUUAUGAAAACAAGAGCACUGACUCUGGAGGACUGACUGGUCCUCAAGAUGAAUUUAUUCAGUAUGUCACUAAAAUAGAGAGCAAAGUUGUUGAUUAACUUAGUUGUUAUAUCCAAAGAUCAAAAAUUGCAGAGCACAUAAUUGCAAAAUUGCCAAUGUAUCAGAGUGCUCUUAUUUCCCAAGCAUGUACCUCAUUGAGUUAUUUGUAAAAAUGCGUUUGCAUUGCAUUUUAAAGUUCAACAACCAAGAAUUAGAGCAAGAAAGACAGGAAAAAGAAAAAAACAGAAAGUAUAUCAAGAUUCAGCACUUAUGAAAACUGAAUGAAAAUGAAUUAUGUUGAAUUUAAUAUUUCAAUAUUGUUGACCGACAGACUGUCUUGGAUUGCGUUGAGUGACUACUGUAUUGAGAUUUGAACAUUUAUAUUUAUACUACAUGUUAACCUUAAAAUGGAGAAUGGUUUACAUAUCCAAACCAUGACUUUGUUACUAAUAAAAAGAGAAACAAGACAUUUACAUACCAGUUUGUUUAGUUGAUAAUCAGUUUCGAAAUUUUAUGCAGCAGCUAUGACAGCGCUCCGAGUCCGAGCCUCGUGGUAUUUACACUUGGUUAUUUGAUUUGCAAUUUCUAACGAAAGAAAUUUGAUAUGAAACAACAAUACAUGUUAUAUAAAACACUUACCAUUGGCUUGCAAAAUUUUAACCCCAAAACCUCCAUCAAGUACACAAACUUUGUAAAAUUAGCAUAUUUCACCGUUCGAAUGCUGUUUCCCUUAUGUUUUUGUAUUGAAAUCUGCAAGCGACACGGUCUUUCGCGAUUUCGUGACGCGACAAAAAUGACGCGAGCAUUCGAUUCUUGGGGACGUCGUAAUCAAUACUGACGGCCGCGAGUUACACAACUGAAUAUCAUUAAAUUGUGGUAAUAGCAUGGCAUUACGGUCGAUUAGUGAUGAAAUGUCCCUCAAGCCUCGAGAGGUUUAGUAAAAGUUUACUAAACCUCUCUCGGCUUUCGGGUACAUUUAAUCACUAAUCGCCCUGAAUGCCAUGCUAUUACUUAUAAUAGUCUUUCAAAACAUGGUUUGGAAACUCCGGUAAAGUCUUUGUUCUCAUCUUUUUGUUCGCGUUUAUGCAGUUUUGUGCACGGUGCACGGUCAAUGAACACAUUGUAUUUCAGUAUAAUGAACGAAUCAUCCAAUAGCAACGUUUCAGUUCAGUCAUUCAACCAUGCUAUUUAAAUAUUAAUAAACCUAAAACAAAGGAUGUACGCAUGCACGGUGUAAGGUACGGCUCAACAUAAACACACAGCUCAUUAUAACCGCUUUGAAGUUUACUGAGUUUCCAGACCAUGUCUCGAAAGACUAUGAUUACACUCAGACAAUAUGUAAUCGAAAAUAGUCUAUGUUUAGUUAAUAUAGUGUUUCUUAAAGAACGAGGCCGAUUAUGUUAUUCAGGUCUGAUGUAAAGGAGAGGGUUAACGCACAUCGGCACAUGCCGCACGACCAUCUGUAUUGAAAGACAUACAUUUUGAUUAUAUCAGACAUUUUGAUGUAAGAAAAAUAUAUCUUUAGUUAAUAUAGUGUUUCUUAAAGAACGAGGGAUAGUUGUAAUCAUGAAUGUCUGAUGUAAUCAAAAUGUAUGUUUAGUCAAUCAAUAUAGUGUUUCAGUUAAAGAACGAGGGAUCGUAUGUAUAGUGUUUCUUAAAGAACGAGGGAUAGUUGUACUCAUGUUAACAUCAAUAAAUGUCUGAUGUAAUCAAAAUAUAUGUUUAGUUAACAUAGUGUUUCUUGAAGAACGAGGGAUGGUUGUAAUCAUGUUAAUGUCUGAUGUAAAAGGGAGGGUUAACGCAUAUGCCGCACGACCAUCUGUAUAUAUUGAAAGUUACGGAUCGUAACGAUCCGAUAACAGAUGGCUACUUGGACAUAUAUGCCUACAGGUCGAGUCACGAGUCGAGUCGAGUCACUCAAAUUAUAAGGUCGAGUCACGAGCAAGGGUGGGUUGACUGCAAAAUGUUUGUAGUUCGCUAUAACUACAGCUACUUCAAAAAUGUGUAGUCAGCUACAACUACUGCUACUUUUGAACAAAGGUAGUUCGCUACUGACUACAGCUACUGCUUUAAAAAUGUAGCAAACUAUUUCGCUAUUUCGCUACACUAUAUUUUUUAGUUUUACUGUAUUUGGAGCAUAUUAGCUCAGGCUGCAAUACAACUUAUAACAAAUCGACUUACGAGUAGCAACAGUAAACACAAAACAACAUUAAUAUUUUUGUAAGCACUACAGUGUUGAGGAGUGCCACUUUUCAUUGCGCUAAAACAAUCUUUACUGUAAAAAAUAAUCUUUUAAUAUGUCUUAAUGUCAUUCUAUUCUAUGAACGGUUGCAACAAUUUAAAAAAGUAGCGAAUAGCGAUUCGCUGUUUGAAAAGUAGUCAACUAUUUGGCUACUUUUAGGCAAAAUGUAGUUCGCUAUAACUACAACUACUGUUUUAAAAAAGUAGCCAAAAACUACUGGCUACUUGAAAAUUGUAGUUCGCUACAGUAGCGAACUACAACUACUUCGCUACUACCCACCCUUGGUCACGAGUCGAGUCAUUUCAGUUUCUGAUGGAGUCAAGUCGAGUCGAGUCAGCGGCUUCACUCGAGUCGAGUCACUGAUUAAAGUCAAGUCGAGUCAACAGCUAAACUUGACUUGAGUCAGGGAAUUUCAUCCAGUCCACCCCACGCUUUCUGUAAUGGUUUGUUAUCCUAGCUGGCUUAACAGUAUCUGGGCAGCUAAGCUGUACCAAUAUCACAGUUCUAGUCAAUAUUAAGUACGUCGACUACAUGAGAUGUUUCAUCAUGCCUGCUGAUCGAGUGUAUAUGUACAUACAACUAGUCAACUAGCAUAACUUGCAACUGGUGUCAGAAUUAACAAAGAAUAGAGUUUAAUUAAUUACGCUUUGUAAGUUAGUUUAAAAUGAUGUAACACUUCAUACUGAAUACCAAAAAUGAAAAGAGCCGGUCAAAAUUAAUAUACAAAAUAAGUAUACAAAAUUUUGAGACUCCAUUUAAAAACUGUGACAUUAGCGUUGUUUCUAAAAACAGAAAUGUAAUAGGCAUGCCCUUCAGGGAUAUAUUCUAUGAAAAUCCCGGAAUCCUCAUAUAUUUUCUGAUAAAAAAGUUUCGAAGCUCUCAUUGUUCACAUGAAGGACUCAUUGUUCUUCCCAAGCAAUACAAUCACAAUAAUUUUGAUGAAUUUAUUCUGUAGGCAAGUUGUAGCUGAUUUGUCGACUCGAGUCAUUUAGGGCAAAAAUCAGCAAGUCGAGUCCGAGUCGAGUCAUUUGGGGCUGUUGACUCGAGUCGAGUCAUAUUUCGUAUUAGACUCGAGUCGAGUCGCUGAAAAUAGCGACUCGAGUUGACUCGAGUCCGAGACAAUGACUCGACUCGUUACAAUGUAACACUGGUAAAUACCACAACUGGUUAUACUUCAGGGGGUAGGAAGCUUGUUAAACGUAGUGGGCCAGACUCUCACAAAACGCUACCAUGGUUGGCGCCAAGCGGGGAAAUUUUGAAAAUUUUGCAAUCGAGUCUCUAGAUCGUUGGAAAUGGCCGAUUUUCAGAGUCUUUUUUACCUCUUUGGCAUUAUGACUUUUGAGUCUAUGUUAUUUGUGAUUAUAUAAAUCAGAACUCUAGACAUGAUAUUUAACUGUUCAAAAACUUUUUUGACCCUCUCUUUCUCUAGGUUAAAACUUUUUUGACCCCCUCCCCCGGUAAAACUUCGUUUGCCCCCCACCUCCAAUUUACCAACUUCCCCCCUCCUUAUAAAUAAUGACCACUCCCUUAAUGUAUCUGUAAACUAUACCGUGAACGAAAAGAAAUAAUCUAUACAGUACAAUACUGUAAUCUAAUUAUUAUCACUAUUAAGAGCUGUUGGAAUCGCUGUCGGUGUGUAAUUAACCAAUGGGCUUAGACACGGACUAGACACGAAGGGCUUAUAUUCAAUAUUCAGGGGGCUUUAGGCUAGAUAAAGUAUUCAUUCACCCUGGUCCACCGCUGACCAAUAAAUAUCACCUGACUUUAUAAACCGGAAUUAAAUUAAAAUCACAUGAUGUUUUAACUUUUAAAUAUUGCAAAACACGAAAGAUUCUCUUCAAUUUCAAGUUAUAAAAAUGACAUAACUUUAGCGCUUUAAUUCCGGCGUUAUGGCCAGCAAACCGUCUCUUCUUAAAGUGGUAUUAUUGGGUGAUGGAGGGGUUGGAAAAUCGUCGCUUAUGAAUCGCUUUGUGAGUGAUAAAUUCGACAGUCAGUCGUUUCAUACCAUCGGUGUAGAAUUUCUCAACAAAGACGUCUCAGUUGAAGGGGGUAAGUUUGCCGAAACAUAGAAACUAAUACUGCAAGUCUUUGCUAGUAUAAACCUUGCUCUGUUAAUAUUUUUUAAUUAUUAACCAGCAAAUUAUGUGCCCUAAUGAGCAAUUUGUCCUAUGAAAUUAUGUACCAACUAUCUUAUGUUUAAGGCCGAUGGAAGUAUAAACUAUAAAUAAUGUUUAUACUAUCGUGUCACGAGAUGUAGCAAUCACAAAAAAUUGCUGAUUACUGAGGCUAAUUGUUUGAAGGCCGAUGAUCCCAAAUAAUCAAUGGAUUGAUCUGCAUGUGCCGAUUUAUAUUGUUAUGUUGCUAGUCACUGGUCCCAUGCUGUGCUUGUGCAAUAAUACUGUGUAAUUCUGUGCUUAAAACCAUGUUAUUCAGUUUUUCUGCAAAGCAGUUUUAUUAAAAUUAUUAUUAUUUAUAUAAUGACGUCGCAACAUGUAUUUGUUGACUUCCGCCAGUUUGGUUGGCAAAAUAUUAAAAUAAGUUUAAUUAAAAGCAAACAUGGCAUCAAAGCAGCCAUGUUUACAGCUCUCCUGGCUGUUCUUAACUUUAAAAUAACCUAUGGUUUCCUAUUCAUGUAUUGUGUUUGGUCAAUGUAUAGUCAUUUAUUAGUAGUUAGGCAGGGACAUCGCGAAGCUAUCAACAUUGGGGGGGGGGGGGUGUUGUCAUGUUUUGUCCAAGACUUCCCAGGCUUUUGACCAAGUCUUAAAAAUUUUUCCCGGAAAUGUUGUCAACAGGGGGAAGGGGGGGAGAUCACAAAAAUUUUUCUGACUAACAUAGUCCAAAAAUUUUUUCUGGACUAAUGUGAGCGUAUUCAAAAUUUUUAGGCCAAAAUAAGCAAGGCUCCCGAUUUUUUCGCCGCAAACGUCACAAAAGGUUUAUAAUUGUUAAAAUUGCGAACCAUUUCAUAAAUUUUAACAACUUCGACCAUCUUUCAUCCCAAACUUUUACCAAAUUUUUCCGAGUUUUGCCUUCAAUUUUAAGCAAAUAUCAGUUCCAUUUUGACCAACUUUGACCAACGUUUGAAUUAUUGGGGGUGUUACCCCCCCCCCCCACCCCCUAUAGCGACGUAUGUGUAGUUAGGUGUCAAUUGGGUUGCAAGUCCUGUUCCUCUCUCCAGCAAGCCUGGAAAUAAUUUUUGGGAACCUGCCUGUCAAAAUGACCAGCACCAAUGAAUUUGUGCCUGUCAUGAAACAAAAAGUACCGGUCAUUGUACCAGACCGCCAAAAACAUAGAAUACAAAAUAUGCAAUGGUUAAAAUCUUUAAAUACAUAGAGAUUCCUGCAUGGUUGGUGAGCGUGUACGAUUGUUAUGUAUGAGUUGUGAAAGAUUGCAAACGAAUGAGUGAGCUAAGCGAACAAGUGAGUAUAGCAAUCUUUCACAACAAGUGCAUAAUGAAAAUUGUACAAACGAACCAACCAUCCAACCAAGUCAGUUAUUUUCUUCGACACUCUAAUUUGUUUCGCAGUUCAACAAAAUUUCCCGCCAAACUCACAAAUGACGUUUCCACUUGGAAGGAAGUUUGAUCAUCAUUCAUCACAAGGCAAAUAAGAAGGAAUUUUUAUCAUAGUGGAAACACUGCACAAACAUGCCGUCGUGUUUAAAGCAUUGUUUAUUAAAAAGCAUCGUGUAUUUAAUAAACCAGAUAAUUUUAAACUUUAUAGCACAAACAGGGUGUUAGCUACAGUAAAAAAUUCCGUGUUAAACGCGGUUUUCCCAAUUACCUUGAGGUCGCAAUUUACCAAUUUGGGUCAGCCAAAAAAUAGUUAAAAACAUGUUUAUAACUACAUUUGCUCAAAAUUACUCCCAAAAUGCAGGAAAUGGCAUUUCAAAGACACAAAAAUUUUAAAAAUCAGAGGACAGGUCCACGUGAUUCGGACCUGAAUCCAAGUAACUUAAAUCCGUAGAUCAUUAGCUGACCACGUCUGCACCUAACCAGAGGCAACCUCAUGCCCCAGACCCACAAAGAAAUGCCCGGCGUCAGGCUAAAAUAAAUUUCCCAAUUUCAGGUAAACGCGGAUUUUUUUACUUCUGGCUAACACCCUGACAAAUAAUAGAGAACUUGUUGACAGGAAGGUUAUUUUAGUUUAGUUUAAAGACUUUAAACACUGAAAUGAGCGCCGGACAAAGUGACAGACACAAUCAAAUUUGUGCCUGUCAAAAUACUGCAAAUCGUGUAUUUGUGCUGGUCAAUGACCAUGACCGGACGCUUAUUUCCAGGCUUGCUCUCCAGUCACACCAAUGUUGUAUUUUUACAUGUUUUGUACUAGUGUCAGUAACCAAUCUUGUUUGUAUGUAAAUGAGUUGUGACAAAUCAAAUUAAAUUAAACAAGACGCCUGCUCAGGCGUUCACACUGGCCUUAGCAGUUGGUAAAACAGUAAAAUACCAUCGCAAUAUUCUAAAAAAUAGGUACGUAGUGCGCACAUGUUGCAUGCUAUCAAAACCAUGAAACCUCACGACUCAGAAUACUAUACAGAAAUCAUGGCCAUCUCCAUUGUUUUCUGUGUACGUGCUAUUUGUCAUGAUUUGUCAGUCGGCAAGUACAGUAAACAGAAGCAGUUACCCCCUGGCACUGAACAAAGAUACACAGAAGUCGAUUAGAGCAUAGUCCAAAACAUGGUCUGGAAACUCAGUAAACUUCAAAGCGGUUAUAAUGAGCUGGGAUUUUACGUUGAGCCGUACCUUAAAGCUGGGUUACAGUCCAUUCUGCGCAUGUGCAGGCUUUGUUUACAUCUUUUGUUUUGGUUUGGAUCCAUUUCAAUUAGAUAAUAUGAAGUAUACGACUAUGCACUAAACAAAAUGAAGAAACCAGGAGUGAAGUAAAUUUUUUUUGUAAAUUGUCUUCUGAAAGACAAGCAAUUAAAUAUUUUAACAGACCACCAAUGAAAGAUAUAUUGUUGAUUUAAUAAUUCGGCAUUUUUCUUUCGUGUGCGGUGUGAUUCGUAAAUGAAAUAUCCAGAAGAGGCCGACACAGCAAAGCCAAAGGUGCCGGGUGCGAGUUCGCAAUUGUAAAAUAAACUUUGGAAGUGCCAAAGUAAUCAUAAACCUUUCCUUGGGUUAUUUGUUCGUCGGAACACACUGUCAGAGUCAUUGUUGCUGUCAUGGCAGGAGCACUCGGAGAAAUUAAGCUUUUCGCUGGAAGAUAUGUGGAGACGAUAUGUUGAUGUCGCGGCUUCUGUUUUCCAUAGAGAGCCUGCAAAAGUAUGGGUAGUUUUUUCUCAAGCGCAUGCCACGAAUAGGAUUUUGAUACAUGUAUGAACAAUCGAAGGGUUCAAGAACGUGACAGUGACCAUACGGUAAGUUUGUAUUAUUGCUAUUAGUUUGUACUGUUCACUUAUACUGUUCGUUAUACUGUUCGUUAUAAACAUGAUUCGAUUCACACAUCACAUGUACAUGUAAUCUUAUUAUUUUCGCUCAUUGUAGUUUAUACAUUUGAUUUGAGAAUAUGUAAUGUUAUUCAUUGUGACUGUUUACUCUAAACGAAGGAUAAUGAUCAUCUAACAAUAGAUGAAUAAACUUUGUUUACAUAGUUUAAUACUUUGCCUGCCAAGAAUAUGCACAGACAUACAGUGUACAUUUGAGUGACAGUACAUUUCUGAAAGCUUUAACACAUAUGAUUUGUUUUAUUACAUACUCUGCAUAAUUAUGCAUAUCUUUGCUGUAAAAUAUCAAAUUAUGUAAAAAGAGUUUACCCCUCUAUACAAGUCUAUAGAGGAAUUUGUGGUAAAAAUAUCCGUGUUUCAUUGUGCUUGAGUCUUUGCAUUUAAUUAAAUUAAUGAUAAAUAUCUUUACAUUUCAGAAUCUGGUGGAAGCAAUGGAUUUAAUUUUAAAUGCCCCAAGAGCGUCAGCCUAAAUGCCCUAUACAGCGUCAGCCAGCUACAUUUGCUGAUUUGGUUAAGUAAUGAAGUGUCAGGUGCACCGCUUCACUGAGACCCAGAGGAAAACCCAGAAAAUGUCCCAGAGUGUUGCGAAUGUGGAUGCUGUGUUGCAAUGCCAACACAAUUGGAAAACAAAUGCUGUACACAAACAAUACAGCCUCGCAUGACCCUAGCCCCUCUGUUCCCCACAGUUAGUACUUUAUGGAAACGUUCUGGACCUGGCCAUGCAUUACAGGGCUGGGAAGACUGUUUAGUGUUAAAUAAUGUUAGAAACAAUGAAAAUUUUCACCAUGCUGCUUACAAACAAUAUGUACUCCAGAUGGCAACAUGAAAAGAUAAGGAAGUGGGAACAGGAGAAUGAUUCCAAGCUGUUGUGUUACGGCAAUACGGAAACGAUAUCCUUCUCCAAAUGGGAUAUACUCUGCUAGAUUGUAAAUAUUUGUUGCACAUGUUGUUAUUAUGUUAUUGAUCAUUGAGGAAAACAUUAUUUCACUAAACCAUUUUACUGUAAUUAUCUCCCCAUGACAGGGAGGAUCAUUUUAAAUAUUUUGAAAGAACUUGGGUAAUUCCCACCUGCAUGCAUGUUAAUAAGACCCAUUCACACAAGCGAUUUUAAACUGUGAUUUUCUCCUUUUGGGAUACAGUAUGUGAUUUAGCAAAAUUACAGGAAAUAUUACUUUGCAUGGCUUAGCUCGUAUAUUCGUUGUGAUAUUCACUCAAACACAUGCACCAAAAGAAGAAAGUUGCAGUUCAAAAUUGCUUGUGUGAACUAGCCUUUAUAGCCCCAUUGCUUUAAACUUAUUUUAAGCUUUCUCUGUCUACUAAACACAGCAAAUUCUGCUAACAAAUGAGAGCCUUUAUCAUGUUAAUUGGUUAAAUCUUUAUGAACAGUAAUAUUUCAUUUUAUAAAAGACAAGUUAUCAAAUGCAUUGGAUGUUCCAGCACAACAUUUGGUACUGACGUUGAUAUUUUUAUUCUUUAAAAUUACUCCUUGCUCCUUACUUCAGCCUGACCCACUAGUUGGGUCCAGGAGUUUGUAUAAUCAGAAUUUUCCUUUUCCAAGGUGGACUGCCUUUCAGGGAUUAUGAGCUCACCUACCCAGCAGUUUUAAGUGCCAGACACUUGUCUACAGCAGUCAUUUGAAUCUUAAGAUUAAUAGGUUUCAACAAGUUCUUUGACUGAAGGAGGAGGGACAUGGGCUAUGUUAGGGGCACAUUGCCUUCGGUCAUCACUUCCAAUACCAAUCCCCAUACCUAAAGAAGACUUAUAAUUAGUUUUAUUCCUGUUUAAAUGCACAUUAGUGCCUGCUGAGCAAUGUGUUUUAAAAGCACUUACUCAAGCCAAAUUUUGAUUUUAUUACUGCAUGUUCAUUCAAAUCAAAAUUUGGCUUCCAAAAAAGCAUUUAAGUGCUCUAAUUAAUACUCUGAACAUAUCAAUCAGCAGGUGCUACUGUGCUACUGAACAUGGCUACAGAAUGAUCAAAAGAUUUGUUUGAAAAUGGAUUUCACAAUAAAAACCAAAAGUCAUAUUUUUUCUCACCAGGAUUCAGGAAAGCAUAAAAUGGUAUACAUACCUUCAUUGUAAGUUGUAUAAUGUAUUCGUACUGCUUAGGAGUAAGAAUCUUCACAUGAUUCCAUCACUGUUCCCCUUGCUGAACAUAUACUGAAGAUAUCCUUGCUGAACAUAUACUGAACAUAUACUUGCUGAACAAAUGGCUCAUGGCUGCAUUGUUUCAUAUGUCUGCUGAUCCGUCUGGGUUUCCACAGCGCUAUAAGUGCACAAUAAACUUUUGAAAUGACGAAAUAUAACAAUAUUAACAUAAUUGAAAUAUCCUGGGAUAUCUGUUAUGUACUUACCACAAUAAACAAUUAAAUCUGUCUUGAUGUUUCGUAUAUACAAGCUCGCUCAACAGAGUUUCGCGAACCGCCGAAUCCUCGUCACUUGACACUUUUGAUUCCAGCUUCAGUUUUGAAAUGAUUCCACUGAUCAAUACUACAAUUUCGAUGCAUACCUUUUCGCGAAAUAUUCUUUUCGAUUUCCUGUUUGGUUCUGGCGACCAGCAAAUAUUAUGCAUUAGAAGGAUUUGCCUUUGAAACUCUCAAGUAGAUGGUCGCGAGUCGGCCAUUGUCAACCGUGCUGUAGCGUGUUGAAAUUGAUAUUUGAUAUGCAUUUCCAUUUGUAACAAGAGCUUACUUAUCCAAUGACUGGAGGGAAUUCAUAUUGGAUUGCCAAUCCAGCACCACCACAAAAUACUUUCACGUUUAGUUUCACCGAGCAAGAUAACAACUGACAAGCGGCUUCAUACAUAUUAGUUUCUAUUUGAUUUUGAAACAAUUGCACAACGGAAUAACUAAUAUUCGUAAAAACACACUUUAGAAACAUCUUUUUAGAUAUAAAGUUUCUUUUUUGACCGUAUUUCUUGCUUUGAUGUGAAUAUAUAAGCGAGUUAAAAACAAUUAGAAUUUUGGCACUCCUGUGCGUCAGCCAUCUUUUCUGAAAUGCUAUCAGUUUAUAGUAUUACGUAAUAUUUUUGUAUGACAAUGUUUACAAAAUGUGUACACAUUUGAGACAUGCGCAGAAUGGACUGUAACCCAGCUUUAAGAUAUUGACAUCCUAAGAUAUUGUAUGAUAUUUGGAGCCAAUCUCGACAGGCUUGGAGUCACUCUAAAUAGCUCGUAGCCGAGUUCUCGAUAGCUCGAAGCCACUCUAGAUAGUUCAUAGUCCUGAUUAUAGUCUUAAUAGUCAUAACUAUAGUCUUAAUAGUCAUGACUAUAGUCUUAAUAGUCAUGACUAUAGUCUUAAUAGUCAUGACUAUAGUCUUAAAAGUCGUGACUAUUGUCUUAAUAGUCAUGACUAUAGUCUUCAUAGUCAUGACUAUAGUCUUAAAAGUCAAGACUAUAGUCUUAAUAGUCAUGACUUUUAAGACUAUAGUCAUGACUAUUAAGACUAUAGUCAUGACUAUUAAGACUAUAGUCACGACUUUUAAGACUAUAGUCAUGACUAUUAAGACUAUAGUCAUGACUAUUAAGACUAUAGUCAUGACUAUUAAGACUAUAGUUAUGACUAUUAAGACUAUAAUCAGGACUAUGAACUAUCUAAAGUGGCUUCGAGCUAUCGAGAACUCGGCUGCGAGCUAUUUAGAGUGACUCCAAACCUGUCGAGAUUGGCUCCAAAUAUCAUACAAUAUCUUAGGAUGUCAAUAUCUUAUGGAUCGAAUCAUGCAGCAUCUUAUAAUUAAGAUGUCCAACAGUAUCUUAGGAUAUCAAUAUCUCAGGAUAUCAAUAUCUUAGGAUAUAAUACAAUAUCUUAAGAUAUCAUAUAGUAUCUUAGGAUAUCAUACAAUAUCUUAGGAUAAUACAUAUCGUAUAGAUAUCGUUCAGUAUCUUAGGAUAUCAAGAUUUUAGGAUAUCAAUACCUCAGGAUAUCAAUAUCUUAGGAUAUCAUUAUCUUAGGAUAUCAUACAGUAUCUUAGGAUAUCAUACAGUAUCUUAGGAUAUCAUACAAUAUCAUAGGAUAUCAUAUAGUAUCUUAGGAUAUCAUACAGUAUCUUAGGAUAUAAUACAGUAUCUUAGGAUAUCAAUAUCUUAGGAUAUCGUUCAGUAUCUUAGGAUAUCAAGAUCUUAGGAUAUAAAUACCUCAGGAUAUCAAUAUCUUAGGAUAUCAUUAUCUUAGGAUAUCGUACAGUAUCUUAGGAUAUCAUACAAUAUCUUAGGAUAUCAUACAAUAUCUUAGGAUAUCAUAUAUACAGUAUCUUAGGAUAUCACACAGUAUCUUGGAUAUCAAUAUCUCGGAUGAUGAAAGCAGCCACAAUGAUGAAAGCAGCCACGAUGACGAAUCGGAUAGUGCAACGUCUCAAACAAGUUACGAUAUAUAUUAUAUAUCGAUACAUUUUGAAGAAAUAAAUGUAUUUUAAAAGUGAAAUCUUGUUCAAACUUUUGCCUGCAAAGCCACGCGCCCGAAUUUAAGGUAAUAAAUAAUCCCUAUCUAUCCAUAAUAAGCACUUAAGUUAAGAGAUUAAAAGUAAUGACUGUUAAUGACUUUGGCUGUAUACGUUUUAGAGAGCCACAAACGACAAAAUUUCGAUAUAUCUUGCAUAUAAUCUGUAAUAACUCUCCGUUUGUUAGUAUUUUUUCCUGUCCCAAGCUCGCUGGGUGAAAUAAAAAAAAUAUGUGUAUAUCCAAACGGGGUGGGCGGGUUUAUCACUUUUUAAUGACUCUGUAAUAUGCAAAUAUCGGCCAUAACAACGGCGUUGACAGCGAUUUUAACUUGGGCUUAGCAACUGCUUAGUUCUGUUUAAAAAUUUUCAUAUGUAUGUCUGGAUGUUUAUUAUUCCUUGUUUAAUAGUCCUAAACAUGGUGAAUACAUCCCCAGAGAAAACCAAAGAUGGUGUUAAAGUAGUGGACACUCUAAGAUAAUCUAAUAAAAUCUAGUAAUACGAUGAAUUUAAAUCAUAUAAGAUAUCUAUGAUUUAAAUACACCUUUUAUACUCUAUAUCUAUUUGUUGUUUAUGAUUUUGGGGAAUUUUGAAUAAACUGGGGAUAUUCUCUGCAAAAUUCCUCCCGGAAUCUUUGCAAACUCCUAUAAGUCAGGAAUUUUCAUAAUACACAAUUCUCACUGCGCAUGUGUAAAAUAUCUACGUCCCACAAGCAUUACAACAACUUUAGUAGAAUAUAUGUGGGGAAUGUGUUAAAAUUCAUUCAGUUUGUUGGAAGGAAUAUAUGUCGGGGGAUAAAUAUUAGCAAAGUAUUAAACUGUAAACAUUUUCUUAAAAUGCUAGUAAUCAUUGGCCUACGCUCGUCCAAAACAUUAUAAACGCGUGUAGGUGGUAUGAAAUGAUAUCGUGAUGACGUUAUGGGUGGUGCGUGGUGCACAGUGCAUCACCCGCACCACCCGCUCCAGAACCCCUCUUCCCUAUACUACUGCUGGUUAACAGAACUGUAGAGAAGAUCUGUAGUUCAAGAAGAUUAUUAUUGCUGCUUGAACGAUGCGUUUACAGUUAACUAUAAUCUAUCUCCAGAAAAUAAUGAAGUUUUUUGCUGAAUCGUGCACUGUGACUUAUUUCAAUACAUUGAAGUCAUCACGCCAAACAUCUCGUCCUACAUAUAAACUUAACAGCCUCUUCUUCAUCAAACUGCGCACGCUGCCUUUCAUCCCUUGGGGUUGAGGCAGCACUUUCCUUGCGAUAGUUAUUUCUAGUAUUAAUUAUUUUCCAGAGAGAACCUGGAUUAUUCUUAUGAACUUUAACUUCAUCAGAUAGAUGGUUUAUUGCUGCCUCCUUAAGUAUAACUUUAACGUUAUUACGAGAUUCUCUGUACAUUUCCCAGUCCCGCUUGCAACGUGUUUUAAGAAAUCUCUGAUGUCGUUUGUCUCGAGACUUCAUAAGUUCUUUCUUGUCGGGCGUAACGAAUGUGUUGGUGCGGCUCCUAAUUUUGAUUGUUUUAAUUGGUGCAUGUAAAUCCAAGGUUGACUGAAUAACAUCCUUAAGGACUUCGGUUUUAGUAUUUACAUCUGUUUCAGUAAAUAUGGAUAAAAGACGAUCAGAUUUCGUAGUCAGAUCAGAAGAGAAAGCUGUGGGAUCGUAAUUUGUAUAACUUCUCACCGUGAUGUAAGUAGGCGAUGUCUUUGGAACCUUCAGUUUCGUUGAUACGUAAAUUGGAAAAUGAUCGCUGAUUGCAGAAUCUAAUACUCCACCGUCAAGCACUACGGCUUCGGUAGAAACUAAGAUAACAUCGAUGAGCGAAUGUGACGUGUCUGCAUGUAAUCCUCGUUGGUUCCUUGAUUAUUUGCUUAAGAUUUAAAUCAUUGCAAAGUUCUGUAAUUAUAGUUCUUUUCUCUGGGCAAUCUGUAAGUUACAAUUCAAGUCACCAAGAAUAAAAAUUGGUUUGUUCAUAGAUGAAAGUGCAAUUUGCAUCGCUAUUCACUAUUCAUGCAGAGAAUGUCAAAAAGUAUGUAUAUUUAUGCAUAAAACCAAAAUAACAUAUCCCAAAGACUAUGUCACAUACCGUUCAUGUAAAACUUCGAUAGUUUUGAUUCAAUUUAAAUAGCCAUUUUCUAAAAAAUUACCUAUGGCUAUGUUUUGAUAUAUGCAUGUUUAAUAAUUAAUUGUAAAUAUGAUAUCCUAGCUUAUCGCAUAACUGAAUAUUCGUUCGUUUUCGUUGGUUCUAAAUUCCCAGAGGGGCAGAGGUAAUGAAGUUUGGGUGUUUACAACAAAAGGGUGACUUCUAAAGGGUCAUUGUUUUGGUGCUUCGAAUUUUUCGAAUUUCGGUCGCGUCGAAUGCAAUUGAAACAAUAGAUAAUGAAGUUUAAUUUAAUGAGGUUUAUCAUCUUAUUAUCAGUACUAUUUAAAACACGAGUAGGAGUGUUUUAUCAGAUAUAAAACGUGAGGCGCAGCCGAGCGUUUUAUAUCUGAUAAAACACGACAACGAGUGUUUUGAAUAGCUUAAAAUACGACUACAAAAGAACACUAAUUAGGAUGAACAAUAAUAUAAUCAUAUACUAAUUAGGAUGAACAAUUAUAUAGAGAAUACUAAUGAAGAUGAGUUUUAUAAGAUAUAAAGUCACUCCACGUGACAUAUUAUGGCUGACAUGAUUUGCCACAAUGUUUAUGAAUUAUUAAUGAGUAUUUUAACUAUAUUAAUUGUCUUAUAGGCCUGUUUUAUACGUCGAAUUUCGGUCGCGUCGAAUGUAAUUUAAAGAAUACUAGAUAAUGAAGCUUAAUGAGGUUUAUCAUCUCAUCUAUUGUUUGAAUUGCAUCAGUCGACGUGACAAUUCAAAAUUCGAUGUAUAAAACAGGCCUUAGACACCCUGUAUAACCAGUCAUAUAUUGUAUUAAAAUUUCAACAACAAUAACAUAUGAUUCUCUGUUAUGAUCUAAUGAAGUUAUCUAUAAGUUAAAAAUGCCUUUGUUUCUGGCCAGUUCAGGUCAGCAAUUCUGGCAUGGGCCCUCCCUUUUGCAAGUUGCUGUUUUGGACAAAAUUUAAUUAACAUAUGGGUUAACGUUAACAUAUUAUGGUGCACGUCAACACACUUUGUUGCUUUUGAACACCUAAGAUCCCAUGUGGCUUUUUUUUCCACAUUUGGAACAAUUAUUAAAAUGUCGGGACAACAAGCAGUAUAUAUCUGUGACAAAAAAGGUAUCUGUGACAAAAACGAAAUCGGUGAGAUAUCGUUUUUAUUCCACCCUCUUAUCUAUACUAGGGAGGCUUCUAUAUAUUUCAUUGUGAGUUUUUUCUGUUUUCAGUUCACAAAAAGCAUGAUCGAGUCGAAAAUUCUGUGAAUUCCUCGUAACUCCAAUGCCCAUGUAUAGAUUGCACGAUUAUUGCAGUGUUGUUUGGUCGAAAGUCAUGAGAGUAUUAGUAUUAUAUCUACAGCCUAUCUGAUCAAUCAGAAAGUGCUACUUUAUUUUAAUUUAUUUUAAUACUUUAUGUUCCACUAGACUGUUGCUUCAAUACAACUUACAAGAUAAAGAUUUGGUUUAAACAAUGGCACAAUUGCUAACAAUUAUGAUGCUCGUGUGUUCUCUACUCAGUCUUACAAAAGGAUUAAAUCAAGGUACGUUUAUGACGUACAUGCAAUACUACGUAUGUCUAGCCGUUUCACGCAUAAAAAUUUAGCAUGGAAACCUAGUCCAGCCACGUAAGCCAAAUGAGCCAGUACUUACUAUUUUUCUUGUUAGUUGUGUAAACUAUGCUAUCAUGUGAUUCUCUUUUCACAACUGCAUGACUGCCAUUAUGAUUACUGUCACAGGAUGUUGAGACAUGUUAUAGCUGUGCAAAUUAAAUAAGUCGUCGAAAAAUUAUCUUUGAACUGAUUCGAUACAGUCAGUAUUUUAAUGAAAUAUGAUUAUAUGAAUUGGACGAUGAGAUAUCGUUUUUAUUCCACCCUCUUAUCUAUACUAUAUACCGGGAGGCUUCUAUAUAAUUUCAUUGUGAGUUUUCUUCAUGAUCGAGUCGAAAAUUCUGUGAAUACCUCGUAAUUCCAAUGCCCAUGUGUAGAUGCACGAUUACAUGAAUUGGACUUGAGAGUUAAGACCAAUUGGUUCUCCAAAUCACAAUAUUACAUGAUUGAGUUGACCAACAAAGACCGAAGACCACUGUCAAUUUUACCAUCUCUACUGCAUGCACCAGACUCUAUAUAUAUGUACCUCUACUAACUAACCUCCAAACGACGGGUUUUCGCUCAGAGCGACCAAGUGGUUUUUAAUGUUUUUCAAGUGGUUCAGAUACAAAACAUGACGACUAAUGCAAAAUACUAAUUACUGAAAAAUUAUGUAACAAUUACGAAGAUGCAAACGCGUUUUCAGUGCAUUGCGCGGCAGUCGGCAAAUUUCAUCAAUGAAUUUCAGUGCAUGACUUAUUAUUAAUUCAAGCUAGAACGAUCGAAGCACAGGAGAGAACAACCAAAGUGACCCAAUGCAAGUAAAUACCUAACGCUGCAUGGAUCAACAGCAGCAGACUCAAUUUCGCGUUUUGUAUAACCGCACCGUUCAUUUCAUCUGCCAUUCAUCUGUGGUUGUAGAUGGGUUUUGUAGAUGGAAAUUGCGACUGUGCAUUCUAUACAUUUAUCAGAUCUAACCGGAAGCAUUUGUGAUAAAUGCAACUAUACUGAUGUUAUGGGUUGCGUUCAUGCAGUAUUUAUUGCGUGACUGCAGAGUUACGUUUCCAUCUUCAUUUCCAGCCCAUUAUAUGUAGUGUUUUCCUUUCUCCUGUUCAGCUAGCACUUUUUGUGGUCAGGGCGGGGUUGAUGCCGAGUUAAAUGAGACCUGACAGGAAGUGAGUUACAGAUAUACACACGUAAAAAUCUCACAACUUGUCAACAAGAUGUGUUCGCAACAGGCUUGUAGCAAGCUUGUCAACAAGUUGUAACAAUGCUGUUAUUUAAUCAAGUUGCUACAAGGUUGUCACUCACAACUUGUUGACAAAUUGUUGAAUUACAGGACGAUAACAAGUUGUUGGAACAACUUGUAACAAGUCUGUUGAGGUCAACAACCUUGUAGCACGUUGUCAACAAGGCGUUGACAACUUGUCAACAAGCUGGGAACAAGCAGUGCGAACACAUCCUGUUGACAAGUUGUUGGAACGGCAUUGCUACAAGUCUGCUGCAGGUUUGCUACAACUUGUGCGUUUUUACGUGUGUAUGUCUGUACACAUGCUAUAGCCAUUUUUCGGUCACGCGUCAAGCAUGCAUAAAUGUAUGUAAAGACCUAAUGACGUUUUUCGUUUAUUCAUUAUUAACUGAGCAAUGCAAAAACUAAUAAGUAAUUAGUGAUCCUGGUGCCUGUGAGAUCUAAGCCGGACUGUUUAAAAUAAUACAAUAGUCAAUAAUUAUUUACAUAAAUUAUUUUUUAAUCACAUAAAUUUCACUUUCUUAAUUUGAUUUCGUUCAGCCAAUUGUACCUUUGACAAAGGAAAUAUCUGCAGUUAUCAAAAUGGUGCUGGACAGUUUAAUUGGAUGGUUAAUGGAAGCCGUACACCCAGUGGUGGAACAGGACCAAGCUCUGACGUCAGCGGCAGAGGUAAACUGUUAAAUAAACUUUUAGGUUUUAGAAACAGUGAAGGAUUAUGAUUAUUAGAGAGGUUAAGAUACCCCGGUCUUAGUGUACGUGUACGGGUAGCAUGACUGGUUAGCAAUAUUUUCGUCGGUCUCUGUACCUUUACUCGUAAUUAAGGUGCACAUUUUUCGCAUUAUAUCAUUAUCUAUUGCAAGAAAACAGAAAAAGUAUGAUCGAAUUACAGACAUCAGUAAAACAAGAUGACACUAUUCGUACACGUGCACCGAAACCGGGGUAUCUUAACCUCUCUAUUACUGUUACGAAUAUGAUUCUUUAACAUUUUGUUUAGAGAUUUACGAUAAAUCCCCAUUUGGUUUGGGUAUAGGAUCUUAACAAUAACUUAUUGGAUUGUUAACAAUAAUAAUGUCGUUAGAUUAUUAAACUGUCGGUGUUUUGCUCGACCUACCAUAGAAAGAUAGGAAAACUUGGAUAAAGGCUCCUCUUCUGCAUACAAAUUGGUUCACUUUUCUUAUAUUUUAAGUAGCUUGGUCGAAACCUCUAAUGUAUAUUAAAGCCUAAUGCCUACACAGACUCCCAUGCAGAUUAGUAUAACAAAAACUGGAUACCACUAGAUAUCCUCGGCAUUCAGACUCGAUCACGUGACAAGAUAGCGACCUUGGAAAAAAUGGGCAACGUGCCUGGAUAUUUGGUGUAACGCGAUUUUAGUUGAUUUAAGUUCAACUUUGUGACGUUACAAUAAAUUUUGUUUUGGUCAAUGAAAGCAUUUUUUCAACUUUUUACAGGUUUUUAUCUGUACAUCGAAACUUCAACUCCACGACAGUUCGGUGAUAAAGCGACAAUUUUAACACCUAACUUGAAUGGCUCACAAUGCAUGACAUUUUCUUAUCAUAUGAACGGUAAAGAUAUUGGAGUUCUGAACAUCUAUGCCAAUAAUCAGAGGAUAUUUUCAAAAUCGGGAAAUCAAGGAAAUGAAUGGGUGGGUGUGAAAACGUCAAUCUUACAACGUGGAAGCUAUAUGGUGAGUAAAGAAAGCAAUAUUUCAAAUGGACGGACCAAACACCGUUGUUUUUUCGAAACAAGAGGGAAGCUAGAGGAUCCUGAGGAAACUUCGAUACGAAUCUUGCUCUUUCUUCACUUGGAUCUGUAUAUCCCAAAUAUUUUUGCGCCCGACCCGAAAAGUUAAUCCAACGGUGUUGUAGUACAAACAUUUCCUUCUCAUAUUAAAGGUUAAGUUUGAAGGUGUUCGCGGUCGUGAUUACCAAGGUGAUAUUGCAAUCGAUGCAAUCAGCUUCACUCCAGGAAGUUGCUCAUCCCAAACACCAACACCACCACCACCUACAACACAAGCAGGUACCGUAUAGUGGUCUACCACCGUUUAUCAUGUUUUAGUUAAUAAUUUUGACCAAUUAAGUUAUUAUACACCAAUGAUGAUCGCAUGUCGGGGUUGUGUUCCACUGCUUUUUCUUCUUCCAAGGUCUAUAUAUCGACUUACUGCAACGUCCAGUACCUUUUGACAGGAAUUUGCCUAGAAUUUGGCUUUCGACAGGAAUCUUCACUUAAUGCCAUUACACCGGGUGUGCAUGGUUUCAAAUCACCACAGAGAGAGGCUAACGAUACAUGUGUCUGACAACUGAUUAGUUUUCGAUGAGACAGGAAAAUCCUAAAUGCCCCCAGUUAUAUGGUUAAAAAGAUUAUUCCCGAGUUGAACCUGAGAAAAUUCAAAGCAGAUAUAUGAUGUAUGAGACUACGCUAAGCAUGCUCUAAUUUUAAUUCUUCACAGGUUGUGGAAAGGCAAAGCUUUUCCUUGAUAAAGUAGUAAGUGGUCAAACAGCUCGUCCUAACAGCUGGCCAUGGCAAGUUUCAUUGAGAAAUGUUGGUAGCUCAAAUCAUUUCUGUGGUGGAUCUUUGAUUAGUGAUCAAUGGGUUGUUACUGCAGCCCAUUGUGUGCUGGGACGUUCUGCUUCCAGUCUUAACGUAAGAUUAGGUAAGCGCCACUGCGCAGCAUUAUAGUAAUGGUCAUCAAUGACCCCGUACGGCAAGCAUUGCCGAUAACUCGAUUCAAGGCAGUACCUGGUGUGAAGGGAAUAAAUAUCUGCACGUGCAGAACAUAUUGCUGUCAAUAUUGAAGUUGAUAACUGCGAUUGAGUCGAUAUAUGUAUAGGUUAUUUUGAAGCAACGAGCCAACGAGGGGAUGUGUGAUUUAUUCUGUUAUUCAUAUCAUAUCUUAUUUUUCACCCGGCUCGGUUUCCUUUGUUCAUAUCGGGGAAUAUAUUCAAUAUUCCCCUCUAAUCAAUUUCCGUUUAAUAAUCCCCUCUAAUAUUCACCUGCAAUUAAUAAUCCCCUCUAAUAUUUACCUGCAAUGUCUUUGCAGCACAAAAAAUGAGAAAAAAACAACAUAACGAAGGCAAUAUGGCAUUAAGAAUUAUUUCUAUUCUGAAUCAUUAACGCGACCUCGCAGUGUGAAAAAUAAGUACGUUAUUUUGAGGCACCUCGGGGAUAUGUGUUUAUUCACCUCGGCGCUGCGCGCCUCAGCGAAUAAAUCACAUAUCCCCUCGUUGCCUCAAAAUAACCUAUACAUAUCCCCGAGGUGCUUCAAAAUAAAGUACAUAUUUUUCACAUUGGCGAGGUUGCAUUUUACGAGACAUAAUAGAAAGAAAUUCGUUAGGAAAGACAUUUAAUAAAACGAGUCCCAAAGACUGAUUACUUUUGUUUAAAAAAAAAGACAAAGCAUGAUGAUUAGGAGGAAUAUUAGAGGGGAAUAUUACAGGUGGUUAUUAAUCUAUUGUUUUGCCUUUGAAUUUGGUCCGGUGUUUCAGCUCCGUUCUACCCUGUUGAAUCAAAAGCUGCCCCCAGCUUUUCCCACACUUAACUGACAGGGGAUAUUAAAUAUAUUUUCUCUAAAGAACCGCAAAAUAGACCGAGUAAUGUGAAAAAUAAGUAAUAAUCAAGCACGAAAUACACAUCUUCGCCCCCCCUAAUACGUGUACAUGUUGGAGACAAAGAAUCACAUAAUGUAUGAAACCAUGUUCAUGGGUAACUGGUCCUCUCAAACUUGUAACGAACAAUCCUUAAGACGUUGCACUGGUUGCCCUGUUGCCUGUUAGGGAAUUAACCUUGUUUUCAAUCGAGUAGCCUUAACGCACGGCUGAUAGUAUAACCCGGAUCCCUUUAUUUAUUCAUAGUAUAUUUAUAAAACAGGCAUAGAGAAAAAAGAAAUUUAGCAAGAAGUAUUUAAGAUGCACAUUUUGAAUCUAUUAGCGUCGAAUCUGAUCCCACUUCAAAACGCGUCAUUUCAGUCCAAUUCAUAGAACAUCAACUCAAGUUGGUUCUGUUUGGCAUAAAUAUACUUUAAUGAUUUUUCAGGUGAACAUAAUUUCAACUUAAAUGAAGGCAAUGAAAUGGACAGUCGUGUUGUACAAAUUAUUGUUCAUCCUAGAUACCUGGAUGACAAUUUUAAUUAUGACAUUGGUAAGUUCCACGAGCACAAGCUAAGUAUAAUUUAAAGGUUUGAACAGUGUCCUAAAAAUGCCCCACUAUAUUUUGUAGUAUUAGACAGUUAGGUUUAUAAUUGAUAUUUCAGGUUUUUACAACUAUAUCAUAGAGCAUGUCAAUCUGUGGACAUAUUUGACUGGUAAAAAUAUACCAGUAUUCCAAAUUGUCCGAAUUAUAGAAAUUAGCUUCAAAGUAUUUAAAGAAUUUUAGAAACGAUUUUUAAAAAGUUUUCUUAGGUAUCUACUGUCGAAGGUAUCAACUAAACUGGGAUUUGCGGCCCUUAUCAUCAAAAUUUUGAUUCAUGAGAAAAUUAGUAAUAAUGAGAUAGACGCUUUGGAAAGGUGAGGGAUUAAAUACCAAAAUUGUUCUGUUUUCCCAUCCUUUGUGUCCAAAAACAACAAAUUAUAGGUAUUUCAGUUCUCGAGCUGCAAAGGUUAAUGGAGUUAAGGUAACGCUGUCAAAAUAAUAGUGCAUGUAUUGGUUAACUAGAGAAAACACAAGACUGCAUACCUUCGCCAUCGAAAACUAUAGUCGAUUGUCGAUGUACAAAUUAAUUUUCGGUACAGAAAAUAAAGACAAACGUGGCUACGGCCAAGGGCUGCAAAAACGUUCGUAAAUUGACUAUUGAGUUAUCCUACUUGACCUACUGACAGACGAGACACACCAAAACAAUUGAGGUAAAGACAAAACCUUCUAGUAGAGAUAUGAUAACGCUACAGUACAUAUUUCAUCAAUAUACUGUGCAGAAUUGUGGUCUGUUAUUCAGUAAUACGUUCCAAACCUAUUAUUUUUCUUCUUUAUUUUAGCUCUGGUCAAACUGUCCCGAAGAGUGCCGUUCACACCACAAAUUCAGCCUGUCUGUCUUCCACAACAAGGUGUCAUUGUUGAUGAGGUUUCUGGACAAGGAUGCUACAUCACAGGUAAGGGAAUAUUUUUUUUAUAAAUAAAUAAAUAAGUUAUUUGCAUGUUUGUAUGGGGAAAAUAAACUUAUUCAUGGGGUUUGGUUUGUGGGAAAACCUGUUUACUUUUCUGGCAAAGGUUUCGAUUCUUAUGGUAUAAAAAUAUUAUACAGAGAAACCUACUGUAUAUAUAUCACAAGGCGAAAAGAUCUAUGACAUGUGAAACACGAAUUCCAAAGUUAUUAGUCUGUAGCUAAACUUGAUAAAAGAAACAUCUCACAUAUUAAAAUGAAAUGUGCGUGACAUAAUUUUCUGGUCUGACAGGUUGGGGGCGUACUGGGGCAAGCAAACCAGGUGCAACGGUCCUUCAACAAGCAAGACUUCCUGUCAUCUCCGAGUCAAAAUGUCGUGAACAUAUGGGAUCUCAAGUAACCCGACAAAUGGUAAAUAUGAGAUAAAUUUCCAGUGUGUCGAGCUAUGUUUCAUAGCUCUUAGCAAUAUUUUAGUUCUCAGAAAGAUUUCCCAGUAAAUUUCUUAUGAAUAAAUAGGAACUCAAAUUUCAAGGUAUAUCAAUCCAGAGAGGAAAUUCUAUGUCUGCAACAAUUUUCCCGAGGAAGGAUAAUAGAACUGCUGGGAAUUUUAUUUAUUUAGCUUUGCCAACUAGGGCAGGGUCACCACAACAGCAUAUGCCAAUUACUGUGGGCCCUUUUUUACCUAACCCACCCUGUCAACUUUCCCUGUGGGAGAAAACCGGAGUACCCGAGGAAAACCCACGGCUUUCGGCAGAGCGUUGACUUUUACUCUUUUCACAUGGGGAAUGGGUUCGAGUCGCACUGAGAAGGUACUUAGUGAGACUCGGACCUGCAGCCUCAGAGGUGAAAGGCAAGUGCGCUAACCACUUGGCCACCGAAGCCCCUAAAUGUCACAGUUUCUAGAAAUUCCCUGCUAAAACCGAGCGCGCGACCUUUCCAUGUUUCAGUAGGGGCCUGCACUGGAAGCAGAUGCAAACGGGAAGACGAUUUGGGAAACAUCAAAAUUUCCAAAUAUUUCCGCAAUAAUGUUUCUUGUUACACGUGGGGCCAUCAAAGAAAAACAUAUAAUCGGUGGCCGGCUUUAGGAUUUCCUGAAGCACAUUUCACAAAUUGGCAAGCGAAUUUUAAAUGUUUUAAACUGUUAAUUUGUCAUCCUAUCAAUUGUUUUGACCAAUUAAUAAAAUAGUCAGGUAAGUAGUACCUUUACAAAUAUUCAAUAGUAGUUUCACACCUGACACGUAUAUGCAUGCAUUUGAAAAACACAUUUCAAAGUGUUUACUUAAUAUUUUGCAAGAUUUGUGCCGGUUUUGGUGGUAAUAGCACAGUCAGUGGUUGCUUUGGUGACUCUGGAGGACCGUUUGUCUGCCGUGAUAAAUCAUCAAAUCGUUGGAUCUUACAAGGGGCUGUUUCUUGGGGAACUAGAACGUGCAGUGCUGGACAUAAUGAAUUCACAGUAUUUGCACGUGUUGCAGAAUUUGCCAUCUGGAUAAAACAACAGAUUGGAAAUGUGCAACCACUCCCACCUUUACCACACCCUUCGUCAGGUAAUAAUUAAUUUAAUGUAAUGUUUACUUGAUGCAAUUACACAGAAUAUGAGUUUAAAUUCACCCCAGACAGAGGCUAACGUUACAUGUGCUGACAACAUUAGCCCAAAGGAUUAGUUUUCGAUGGGGGAGGAAAACGGGUUGACCCGGAAAACCCCACAUCGAAGAACAGGAGAGAACAGUAGUAAUAUAGGGGCUGAUCGACUCGGAUUUUUGAGGUGGCGUGAGGUGGCGCAUUAUCGUUAACAUAGAAUGAAAUUGCGCAUCAUCAUUAGCAUAGAACUGAUAAGGUGGCGCAUUAUCAUUAGCAUAGAAUGAGGUGGCGUGUGGAGAAGUCUAUAUUAAAAGUUCAGGUCGCUGUUAAUGUUGUUGCUGCUAGGUACAGAAACAUCUUGAGAUAUGUCCGUAUUUUUGAUAAAUUUUAAGGGAAUAUAAAUACGUACUUUGUACAGAAUGUGAUUUAGUAUUGAUAGCGAGUGCAAUGAUUUACCAUUGCAAAUAAUAUAAAGUUUCUCGAGCUCAAAGAUAUCCACACGACUUAUGUUACUUUAAACGAAAUGGGGUAAAAACGAUGGUUUUACAAGCAUAUUUUCAAAGUAAAAUUUUAAAUAUAUAGUUUUUUUUUAACAGAAACAAAUGCGUUAGAACUCAUACAUAUUCUGAUGGCAGCGUUGUCAGGUAAACCCCACGCGUAAAACACAAAGGUUGAGAUAAUUAAGGGGAUAUAAGUAAUAAUAAUUUGCAUAACCAAAUGGAUCCUAAUGGAUAUAAAUGGAUACUAUUACUGGCGGUCGUUGGCAUGUUCAGGCGAAUAUACAUUUCUCAAAUCUGUUUACGGUUUAACAGGCGAACUUGAUAUCUUUUAACUGUUAUUUGUAUCAAUAAACUUUGCAAAUGUUGCGUUGUUAUGUGUUCCUAAGUCAUUAGGUGCCAUGUAGGUAAGGGAUUAGGCGAACAAAAAUUUGCUUAACUUAACUAAGUGUAUCCCAAUGGAUAGAUAGGGACAUUAUAGCGCAGUUCGGCAUUUUUAAUUUAAGCCUAGGCUAGUCUAAAUAGUUUGCAGCUUAGAUCUAAAUGGCUCGGAACGCAGAUCGAAAUACCGAGCAUAGUUGGGAGCAGAGUCUAAAUAGCUCGGAGCCUAGCUGGAAAUAUCGAGCAUUCGGAGCCGAGCCAAAAUAUCUCGGAGCUUAGCUCCAUAGGCUAGAGCCGAGCUCCAUAGCCUCGGAGCCAUUCUGAAUGGAUCGGAGCCGAGCUCCAUUGAAACGGAUAAGGAAGAAGAUGAGGAAGAUAAAAAUAUGGAAGAAUAUAAGGAAGAUAAAGAUAAGGAAGAUACGAAGAUUACCUGACAAUGCUGCCAUCAGAAUAUUUAUGUUUCUAACGCAUUUGUUUCUAGCAAUAAAAACUAUAUAUUUAUUGCUUGUAAAACCAUCGUUAUUACCCCCAUUUUGUUUAAAUAACAUAAGCAGUGUGCUAUAUAUCUUUGACUUUGAGAAACUUUAUACUAUUUGCAAUGGUAAUUCAUUGCACUCGCUAUUAAUACUAAAAAAUCACAUUCUGUGUAAAGUAAUUAUAUUCCCUUAAAAUUUAUCAAUAAUCUCAAGAUAUAUGUUUCUGUACCUAUAGCAGCAAGGCAUAGCAACAACAUUAACAGCGACCUGAAUUUUUUAUGAUGCGCCGUGCAUGGUGAUAACCCUAAAUCUAACUGUUUAAGUAAAAUAUACGAGAACAAAAUUUGCAUGUUAACAUUACCGUACACUUUUUAAGAUGAUAAUAUGAUACUGACGUAGAGUUAUAAUCACAUAUAUUUCACUUUCUUAAUUUGAUUUCGUUCAGUCAAUUGUAGCUUUGACAAUGGAAAUAUCUGCAGUUAUCAAAAUGGUCCUGGGCAAUUUAAAUGGACGGUAAAGAGAGGUUCAACACCCAGUAGUGGAACAGGACCAAGUUCUGACGUCAGCGGCAGAGGUAUGAACUGUUAAAUAAUCUUUUAGGGUUUAGAAAUAAUGAAGGAUAUGAUUAGGGUCAUUAGGUACACAAUACCCUAAAUUACCUAAAUAGCUAAGAAAACUUAAAAAAAACGUUGAAUUAAAGUAAAGUCUCCUCAUGAUUGUGCAAAUUGGUUGUUUUUCAAUUUCUUGGUCAAAACCUCUACUGUGUAUUGAAGCCUAUACAGAGACUUUCCGAGAAAGAAUUCUCAUAUAGUUUGGUCCAUAUAUGCAGAUUAGCGUAGUUGGCCUAAUGCACUGAAAGUGGAAACCGCGAAAAAAACCAUGAAUACUGGAUCGUCGACGCUCAUGAGACUCACCAUACAAAAUGGUUACCUUGAAAAAUGGGCAGGCAACAUGACUAUACGUAUAGUGCAACGUGAUUUAAAGAGAUUCAAGUUCAACUUCGUUAACUUUGAAAUGCACGAAUGCUUGAAUCGCCGACAUAUAAUUGGAUUAAAAUUAAUGCUCUACUUGAAUACAUUAGGCUAUAUUCAGAUCUAACAUGCGAAAUAAUGACAGCUGCAUUGGCUCAAGCGCUCUUCUUGCUUGUCCUUGUAGUUAAUUUAAAAAAUCCUCAGCGCAAAUCCUUUUGCAAAGUCACAGUAAGAUUUUUUAUCAUUGAAAGUAGUUUUUCAACUCUUUACAGGUUAUUAUCUGUUCAUUGAAACUUCAAGUCCACGACAGUUCGGUGAUAAUGCUACAAUUUUAAUACCUUACUUGAACGGCCCGCAAUGCAUGACAUUUUCUUACCAUAUGCACGGUAGUGAUAUUGGAGUCCUGAACAUCUAUGCGAAUAACCAAACGAUAUUUUCAAAAUCGGGAAAUCAAGGAAACCGAUGGGUGGGUGUGAGAACUCAAAUCAUACAAAGUGGAAGAUAUAUGGUGAGUAAGGAAAGCAUGCAAUAUUUCAGUUGGACAGAAAAUAUCAAAAUAUUCGAGGCAAGAUCAUUCUUUUUUCAAAACGAGUGGGAAGACGGUAAGGAAACUUCGGUACGAACUUUGGUCGGUCUUUUUUUAGGUCUGAAUCCAACAUAUUUUUGCGCCCAAUCCGAAAGGAUAAUCCAACGCUGUUAUUGUACAAAAAUUUCGUUUUUAUUCCGUUUUCAAGAGCUAAAUGAAACUAUUAAUAUUUGAAAAAUAAUUAUUCAUUUUUUUGUAUAAAUAUUAAAGGUUAAGAUAGAAGGUAUUCGCGGUCGUAGAUGGCAAGGUGAUAUUGCUAUCGAUGUUAUCAGCUUCACUCCAGGAGUUUGCUCAACACAAGCAGGUACUAUAGUGCAUAGUCUACUACCUUCUACUAUUUUUUAUUCAAUAGGAUCAAGACAUUAUAUAUCCGCAAUGUUCAUCAUAUGCCCUGAUUUUCUCCUACUGCCCUUUCAUCUUCCAAAGUAAAUAUAUCAAAUAUCAAGUUAUUGCGACAUCCAAUACCUUUUGACAGGAAUUUUCCUCGUUGCCCUUCCAUCGUUUCAAGGUCCAG